AUGUCCAACUCAGAUUCGACUGGGAGGUCCUCCUACCGCUCUCCGGAGCAGAAAAAGGUAUCUCCUCAACCCAUCAUAGUUGAGAGAGCUUCUUCGACCACUCGCAAGUCCAGGACCUCUAUCUUGAAGAGAACACCCUCUCGCAGCCCCAAGGAGGACAAGACUGUUAAGUUCGCAGUGGAUGACUAUGACCGACCACUAUCUCCAAGUGAGAUGCAUCACCACAAACAGUCCCCCAAGGUUGCCGGAGAACCACGCAAGGCCGAUUUGAAAGACAACUUGUCUGGCUUCCCAACUAAUGGAUGUGGUCAUGGAGAUUUUACUUUAUUCCCCUCACCACUUCCAUCACCUCCGCAGUCACCUCUCUUCGUACCUCUUCCAUCCAAGGCCGAAGAGGCACGUCUGAGGGCACGUCAACAAAAGUUGGAGGAAGAGAUCGACGAGCUUACCCGUCGUGCAGUUGCUCGUGAGGCAAAUCACCGGGAACAGUUGCGCCGCCGAGUUGUUGAGUUUGAGACCUCAACUCGAGAGGAUCACAAGAGAAGCAGAGAGAUCGAUAUCGAAGGCUCUUUCUCUCGCAGAGUGGCCGCUAGAAGAGAGCGUUCUCGAUCUGAGGACGGCUCCAUCGAUCUCUCUUCUUCUCCUCGUCAUAGCUCCCCUCGUCCUUCUAAAGAAACCAAGACUUUUAGUGCACGUUUUACUGGAGCCUUUUCUGCUUCUCAUAAUCCUGCCAGUUUCUUUCCUUCUCCUUUGCCUUCCCCAGCUGUAUCACAAGUUCGCACAACUGUACACUUUGAGAAUUCUUCUAGUCGACCCCUGUCUCGUCGACAAAGUCACUCCCCUACCCGCCGCACCCAGCAAAUGUCAUUAGUCCCCCGCGGUGAGUGUUAUAGGCCGCGAUCGCUCGAUAGCAUCCCGACGCCGCCCUCCGCACAAAGCUUUGUAUCUGCCACCCUCCCCCCUGCUGCUUCUCUUUUGCCCCCUGCCCCUUCCGUUCCUACCUCUUCUUCUGUUUCUACCAGCCCCCGUGGUCGUUCUAUUACUCCCACUGACAACCGUGCUCGUGGAAGGUCGCCAUCACCCGCCGAUUCCAUCUGCGCGGUUGUCGGUGGUACGGAUACCGAAGAGGAGCUGGUUCUUGCGUCCGAUGUAGAGAUGUCAGACAGCGAGGACGAGGAGGACAAUACGUCCACGACCACUUCAUCCGCACCUUGCCGCGAUCGACGACAAUGCGAGAGGUGCGGACUGUUUGGGCAUGAGCUCGUGGAGUGCGAAACCCCAGCUCUAGACCUUUCUUUGAGAAGGAAUAAUAGGAAGAGAGAAUGGGAGCCCGGUAGCCCCAGCUUGGAGGGUGAAGUUGAAGGACCUCCAGCGAAGGGCUUGAGGCACGUUAAAUGGAUGAGUUUCGGAAACCGAGCUUAA